GGCGCGAGCUGGGCGACUGCGCACUCGAGCCGCCCGUGCUGUCGCCGCGGUGAGAGGAGAGACGCGAUGGCCGGGCCCGCGUGGGUGUCCAAGGUCUCUCGGCUGCUGGGAGCCGUCCACACCCCAAAACAGGUGACCAGAGGUUUUGCUGGUGGCGUUCAGACAGUCACUUUAAUUCCAGGCGAUGGCAUUGGCCCGGAAAUUUCCAAUUCCGUUAUGAAGAUUUUUGACGCCGCCAAAGCGCCCAUCCAGUGGGAGGAGCGGAGCGUCACUGCCAUUCAGGGGCCCGGCGGGAAGUGGAUGAUCCCCCCGGAGGCCAAGGAGUCCAUGGACAAGAACAAGAUGGGCCUGAAAGGCCCUUUAAAGACCCCGAUCGCCGCCGGCCACCCGUCCAUGAACUUACUGCUGCGUAAGACCUUCGACCUUUACGCAAAUGUCCGGCCAUGCGUCUCCAUCGAAGGCUAUAAGACCCCUUACAAUGACGUGAAUAUCGUCACCAUUCGCGAGAACACGGAGGGCGAGUACAGCGGAAUCGAGCACGUGAUCGUGGACGGCGUCGUGCAGAGCAUCAAGCUCAUCACCGAGCAGGCGAGCAAGCGCAUCGCGGAGUUCGCCUUCGAGUACGCCCGCAACAACCACCGCAGCAACGUCACCGCCGUGCACAAAGCCAACAUCAUGCGCAUGUCCGAUGGGCUCUUUCUGCAGAAAUGCAGGGAAGUGGCAGAGAACUGCAAGGACAUUAAAUUCAACGAAAUGUACCUGGACACGGUGUGCCUGAAUAUGGUCCAGGAUCCGUCCCAGUUUGACGUCCUCGUUAUGCCCAACUUGUACGGAGACAUCCUGAGCGACCUGUGUGCGGGACUGAUCGGCGGUCUUGGCGUGACACCGAGUGGCAACAUUGGCGCCAACGGGGUCGCGAUCUUCGAGUCGGUCCACGGGACGGCCCCCGACAUCGCGGGCAAGGACAUGGCCAACCCCACGGCCCUGCUGCUCAGCGCCGUGAUGAUGCUGCGCCACAUGGGGAUGUUCGACCACGCCGGGCGCAUCGAGGCCGCCUGCUUCGCGACUAUUAAGGGAGGCAAGAGCUUGACAAAGGACUUGGGAGGCAAUGCCAAGUGCUCGGACUUCACAGACGAAAUCUGCCAGCGAGUGAAGGACUUGGAGUAAGGUUCCCGCCGGCGUGUCCGCACCAGCCGCUCCUAACGCCGCCACGUCAGCCGCCUGCGCGCACGCCCCGUGUGCACUCGGCCCCCCCGUCCCCGACCGAGCCCACUCCUGUCGGCCUUUUCACAAACCGGAGCAGAGGAUGCAGGCGAUGCCCGAGGUCUGCUCCCAGGGACGCCCCAGUGCGUGACCGGUUUGCCGAGGUCUGUUUGGUACACGUUUUUUGUAAACUCUACGCGGACUGUGUCAUUUGCCAUUGUUAACCAUUUUACACUCCAGUUAAACAGUUUUUCCUCAGCUGUAAAUAGGAUACAGAAUUAAUCAGAACACAUCUAACUUUCUGAGGAAAAGGUUUUCCUUAGCUUAUGAAACAUGUAAUAGAAAUAAAACAGAGUACUGACGUAAGA